GGACAUCUUUUCUUUAUGGUAUAUUAUUAAUGGUCUUUGAAGCCAUUUCAUCGCACGUUACACGCAAACAAACAAAACUAAUAACGGGACUCGAAAAACGAGGAAUCCCCGAACACAUGUCGGUAAACAUCUACUACAGAUUCCUGUAAUGUGUUCGUCUGGUUACCUACGCAACCGUUUAUUAGAAAUAUUUGCCCGUCAUGCAAAGAAAAGUCCGUUUAUUAAAGCAUCCGCUUAUAAUAAUAAAUUUAUACAUGAAAAUAUAGGUUUGGGGUUGGUUCCAAGAUUUUUGUUCGCUUAUUUUCGUUUUUUCUAUCAAAAUAUAUGAGAUUACUUUAAAAUGAAACAAAACAAGAUUAAAUUUUAAUUAAUCAUAUCCUAAUAAUAACUCGAUAAGUUUUAAGAACUUCAGUUUCUUGUAAACAACUCAAAAGACAACAUUGUAUACAAUGAGUUUUUCGGGAAAUUUAUCAAUUUAUUCACCGACUUUUUGGUUAUUCACCGUGUUAAUAUCAUUAUGGUUAAUUCAGAAAUUUUUUAAAACAAUAUUAUUUUACAAACAUCUCAGAAAAAUACCCUCCCCGAAAGGAAUCCCAUUCUUCGGAAACAUUCAUCUAAUAUGGUUAAAACCAGAUGAAUUAUUCGCCGAUUUAAGAUCGGUAAGAAAAACGUACGGUUCGAUUACCAAAUAUCAAAUCGGAUUCGGAAUCACUGUUAUCCUAUCAAAUCCUAACGAUAUAGAAAUGGUGAUAUCGCAAAUGAAACAUUUAACGAAAAGUGCUACUUAUAUCCCGUUAAAUAAUUGGUUAAAGGAAGGUUUGCUUUUAAGCGACGGCUCAAAAUGGCAGGAAAGGCGAAAAUUAUUAACACCUACUUUUCAUUUUACAAUUUUGAAUCAAUUCACUAAGACCUUUAUCGAGGAAAGUAAUAAAUUGGCGAUUGAUAUAAAGAAAAAAUUAAACGAACCCGUCGAUGUCUUAUCACUUGUUACAAAUUUUACUUUACAAUCAAUUUGUGAAACUGCAAUGGGAACAAAAUUAGACGAACACAAAAGCGGUGAAAAUUAUAAAGAUUCAAUCUACAGUUUGGGUUCACUUAUAAUAAAUCGUUGUAUAACACCGUGGCAACAUUCCGAUUUUCUUCAUAAAUUCACUUCAAAUUAUUGGAAAUCACGAUCGUUAUUAAAUUAUUUACACAAAUUUACUUCGAACGUAAUAAAAAAUCGUGAGUCUUCAUUUAACGUACUCGAAGUGAUCGAAAAAGAGAAACAAAUCGAGUCUAGAAAGCGUUUGGCAAUGCUCGAUUUAUUAUUAAUAGCAAAAAUGAUAACGAAAGAUAUUGAUGAUGAUGGGAUUAAGGAAGAAGUUGAUACAUUUAUGUUUGAAGGUCACGAUACGACAGCUACAAGUUUAACGUUUACUUUGAUGUUAUUGGCGAAUUAUAAAGAAAUUCAAGAUAGUGUGUAUCAAGAAAUAUGUAAUAUUUUAAAUGAAUCAGACCGUGAUUUUACAAUGGAGGAUUUAAAUGAAAUGAAAUAUUUAGAACGUGUUAUAAAGGAAUCUUUAAGAUUAUAUCCCAGCGUUCCUUUAAUUGGGAGAACUUUAACUGAAGAUAUUAAGAGAACUAGAACUGGUUAUUACAUUCCUAAAGGGUGUAGCGUUCUUAUUAACAUUUACGAUUUGCAUAGAGAUUCUAAUUAUUAUACAGAUCCGGAGCGGUUUGAUCCGGAUAGGUUUUUACCAGAUAACGUUACAGGAAAACAUCCUUAUUGUUAUAUUCCUUUUAGUGCUGGACCUAGAAAUUGUAUCGGUCAAAAAUUUGCCAUGCUCGAAAUGAAAGCUGCGAUUGCAACGAUUUUAAGAAAUUUCGAAUUGUUCCCUAUCGAUACACCACAAACUAUAACGUUACAAACCGAUAUUAUUUUAAGAAGUGUUAAACCGAUUUUCGUGAAAUUUCAACAAAGAGUUGAAUAAACUAAUUUAAUUUCA